AUGGCCCCCUCCAAUGUAAUUGGGCUGUACCACUGGUCCAGGGACCUGGGGGCAACAAGUUUGGCUGAUCUAGCCUUGAGGUUCCUAUGUCAACACUUUACACAGGUGUGUGAAGAGGAGGAGGUGUUGGAGUUAGACGCACAGCGCCUGGGGGACCUCCUGGCCUCAGACGACCUGAAUGUGUCCCAGGAGGAGGUGGUGCUGGAGCUGGUGCUGCGCUGGGUGGAGCGGCACAGAGGGAGCCCUGAGCGUGAGGCACAGGCCGCAAAUCUCCUUCAUCGGGUCCGACUGGAACUGGUGGAUCCAGCGUUCCUCCGAAAGGCCAGAAGAAGAAACCCUGUUUUGCUGCAAGAUGCUGAUUGCUUUGGGAUGAUUGAUGCCGCUCUCCAAACCUCGAGCCUCACUGAGGCGUUGGCUCUGCCUCGACCAGCGCUGCGUUAUGGGAUGGAGACCAUCGAUCUGCUGCUCUGUCUGGGGGGCAUAGAUAAGGACGGGGUGCCUGCUCGACGUGGAGGUCGAGCUGAUCUCAGUUUCUGCUUUGCACCACAAAACAAGAAGACUUUCUACAUCCCCUCUCCUCUGAGGGCCUCUACGGGCACAGGGCAGAUCACAGCUGGAGCAGUCACUAGAGAUAACAAUAUUGUAGUUGCCAUUGAAGCAGAAGAUGAUCACAGAAUGAAACACCUGGACAUCUACGGGUAUGACAGUUCAGAGGACAGCUGCUGGUCCCUCUUAUGUUCAGCCCUGCAUAGAGACAUGUAUGCUCUCAGUGUUAUUGGAGAGACACUUUAUUUGAUCGGAGGUCAAGUGAAGAUGCGUAGCCAGUACAUUAUAACAGACAGUGUGGAGAGGUGGUCUCUGAAGAGGGGGGGCAGCUGGCUCAGUUUUGCCCCUCUGCCUCUGCCCCUGGCCUGCCACUGCGCUGUCAGUCUGAACGAACACAUGUAUGUGCUGGGAGGGUGGACACCACAGGAUGAGCCGGAUGAGGAGCCAGACAAGUUGAGCAACAGCGUGUUUCAGUUUGACCCGGGGAAGGACAGGUGGAGAGUAUGUGCCCAGAUGAAGUACUCUAGAUACCGCUGUGGCUGUGCUGUGCUAAAUGGGGAGAUAUACAUACUAGGGGGUAUAGGGUGUGUUGGAGAGGACCGUGGACAGUCACGUCGUAGCCUUAGUUCUGUGGAGAUCUAUAAUCCAGACACAGACACUUGGAGAGAAGGACCAACCCUGCCCACACCACUUCUCUCCCUCCGAUCCAAUGCAUCCAAUUUUGUGGUAGUGGACAACAAGCUGUAUCUUUGUGGAUACUACAAAGGAGCUGGCCGUCAUGAGAUCAUCACAAAGGAGAUUCUGGAGCUGGAUCCCACCGACAAUGUUUGGACUGUGGUGGAGAGGAGAGCAGCUAUGCCUGACAGUUAUGAUGUAUGUCUAGUGGCUAAUCUGAAUCCUCGAGACCUCUACACACCUUGA